AUGGGCAAAUCCUUGCUGCUACCCGUGCUCUGCUGCUUGGAAGAACCGACCGAACCGGCUAAACCUGCUAUACCGGCUGAACCUACUACACCAGUUGAACCUGUUAUUUUAACUUAUGUCACUACUGUCAUUGAACCGAUUACCCCCCAUGAAGCUUCUCUAAUAUUGCCCGAUCAAGCUCCCAUGGAUAUUCCAGAGAUGCGUGUUAUAGUUAAAUAUAAUGCAAAUGGUACUGUGGAGAUGUACAAAUCAAAAUUAGUAGCUAAAGGGUUCACUCAGACAUAUGGAGUUGAUUAUCAUGAUACUUUUGCACCUGUGGCUAAGAUGAAUACUGUUAGAGUUUUGUUGUCUUUAGCAGUAAACUUGGAUUGGACCCUGAGGCAAUUUGAUGUAAAAAAUGCAUUCUUACAUGGUGAACUAGAAGAAGAAGUAUACAUGAGUCUUCCACCAGGGUAUAGGGUUACCGAUGAAAUGGGGAACGUGUGCAAAUUAAAAAAUGCGUUGUACGAGUUAAAGCAGUUUCCUCGGGUAUGGUUUGGUAGAUUUCCUAUAGCUAAGAAGAAGUUUGGUUACCAACAGGCUAAUACUGAUCACACUCUAUUCAUUAAACAUAGGACUGGUAAGUAUGUCAUGGACCUGCUAGCAUAUACUGGAAUGUUUGACUGUAAACCAGCUGAUACACCUAUUGUUGAGAAUCAUAAACUUGGUGUUUAUGUGGAUCAUGUUCCAACUAACAAAGAAAGAUACCAAAGUGAGGAUCAUAUGGCUGCUGUAAUGCGUAUUCUGAGUUACUUAAAGUCUGCUCCUGGGAGAGGUUUAUUAUUUAAGGAAAAUGACCACUUGGAUCUAGAAGGUUACAUUGACGCAAAUUAUGAAGGGAAUAUUACAGAUAGACGUUCUACAUCAAGUUACUUCACCUUUGGUGGUAACCUAGUUACGUGGCAUAACAAGAAGCAAAACGUUGUGUCUCGAUUCUCUGUAGAGUUUGAGUACAGAAGGAUUGGCCAAGGGGUUUGUGAAAUACUGUGGUUGAGGUGGUUACUUGCUGAAAUUGGAUUUAGACUGAAUGCUGCUACAAAGCUCCACUGUAAUAAUCAGUCUGCAUUUGAAAUUGCUAACAAUUUGGUUCAACAUGAUCGAACUAAGCAUGUAGAAGUUGAUUGGCAUUUCAUUAAGGAGAAGUUGGAACAUAAGUUAAUUUUUAUACCUUUUGUGCAUUCUUCAGAGCAGCUUGCAGAUAUGUUGACCCAUGCCGUGUCAAAGCACCGAUUUGAAGACUUACUUGACAAGUUGGGCAUUACCGAUAUCUAUACACCAAUUUGA